AUGGAUUUCAUAUUAGAAGAAAUCUAAAAAACAGUUCCAGACUUAUUUGUUUUAUGUGAUGACAUAUAGAAAUAAAUGUCCAGCAAACCUAAUAGGCUAAUUAGAAUAAAAAAGUAAAUAAAACAAUAUUUUCAAGAGAAUGGGUAAGCAAAAAAAUAAAUUAAUGAUAAGAGGUCUACUUUAGAUUAAUAGCAAUUAGCAAAUAUUUCAUCUAGUUAAGUGUAAAUAAACAGAAGUCAAGUUAGGCACUUGAGCUAGCCAAUAGUAGAGAACAAAAAAACAGAUUCUUAUAGUGAGUUAGACACACCUAUACCUAGAGAGAGCUUUUAAGAAAUCCCAAUUAAUGAAAAUCUUCAAAUAAUGAUCCUCAAGUUUAUAAAAGAACUACAUGUUUCUGAAGUUCUUGUUUAAAAAUCCAUAAAAGGAUAUAAUGGAGAUCCCUCUGUUUAUCUAGGUUAAAGCAAUCCAGUUUUACUAAAUUUCGAUUAAAUUCUUUCUUAGAUUUUAAUGUAUAAAAUGGAAUUAAAUAAGUAUAGUUCAACAAAAUUAAGCAAUAUUUUUGAUGAGUUAUAUAACUAUUAUACUGACGAAAGACUCUAAGUUGAAGAUUAGUUUAAAUAGAUGCUACAUCAAGAUGAAAUAGACCCAUAAAAUAACAGCUAAAUAGAAUAAAUUGUCAAAUAGCUUUUAUAGAAUGAGCUCUUACAAAUAUCAGCUCCAUUUAUCGAAAGUUCAUUAGUUAAUUCCCAAAACUUUUAGAAAUUUUUGACAUAAAAUAGCCAAUACGAAAUUUAAAGAAUAGCAAUAGAAUUAAUAUAACCUUGUUAAAAAAACCUAAUAAUUUAUCUUAUGAAUCGAUUUUUAUUGAAUAAUUACAUCAAACCUAGUAUUGUAGUGAAGGUAAAAGAGUUGCUCAAAGAUAAAAAGACUUAUACUUAUUUUUUAAUUACUCCUAAUACUACUUCUGAUUCACUUAUAAAUAUUGAAGAAUAUUCUUUUGAUUCAGAAAAUAAUUUAUUCAUAAGAGAUGGAGAUGCUGAAAAUAAUAUAAAUCUAGAAUAAUUUAUAUCUCAUAUAUUAUCUUCCAUCUUUACUCUACCUUUAGAGAGCUUCCUUCCAAAUUACGCUGUCAACACAAAAGGUGACUUAUUUAGAGUAUUCAAUUAAAUACAGUCAAAAGACGGUAAAAUCUAACACUCAGCUUUGAGAAAUCCUAUUUUCUUCUAUAAAGAGGUAAUGUCCUUAUAGCUAAAUGAGAGCUUCUUUUAAGAAUUAUUCAAGCAAGAGCAUUUACUGCAGUUCUUUAAAUGUUUGAAACUUAUUAUUGAUGGAUAAAAAAAUGAUUAUCAUUUGAAAGACAAGAACGGAUAGUAUUCUUUGUAUUUAAAUAAUGAGCAAUAUCACUACAUAUUUUCUGUGUUAUAGAGAAUCAAUUAAGCAUUUAUGUGGGUAAAAGAAGUUAUACUCCCUACUUAGGGUUUUUUCUGUAUAAGGGACAUAAUAAGCAAGGUUUAUCCUAUAAUAAACGAAUUCAUAUCUAACAAUAAACAAAAAACUUUAAAAGAAUAUAAAGAAUUUAUGAAGAAAAUUUCAAUUGAGGAGUAUAUUUAAAAAUUAGCUUCAAAGAGAUCAUUGCAAAAGUAUAAAGAAGCUUGCAAAUCCUUCGAUGAAAACCUUAAAAUAGCUAUAACUUAAAAGGGGGAAUCCUUAGAUUAUGUGCUCAAGUUAUGGCUUUAGUAAAUAAAUCUUUCAAAUAUAAGCUCACCUAAGUAUAAGUUAACCUUAAUUUAUUUUGCUUCUUCGCAUUACUUAUUUUUUAAGUCUUCUAUUUCGGAUCAAGCUAUUUUAGACUAAUCAUGGAAAUAGGAAGAAUCAUGGGAAAAUGCGCUAAAUAUUCUUUACAGUGAUGAGCACUUUGACAAUGUUAGCUUUAAUCCUUCUAUAUUUAUAGAGCUACUUGCUAUUUUCUUUGGAAUAAAUAUCAAAAAGUAUGAAAAGUGCUUUGAAUCAAUUAAAUAUUUCGAAGAAACAGAAGAAAAUUUUUAACUCUUAGAUUAAUAUUUUGCUCAUAAAAAGCUGCUAGGCGAUAAAUUUUACCCUGAGAAAGAAACAUUAUUUGAAAAAUCGCUGAAAUAUAAAAAAUUUAAAUUGGCUAUGUAUCUUUAAAAGUAAGGAGAGGGGAAAAAGUUACAUAAUGAUACUUUGAUUAAAUACUUAGUUAAAGCUAACUUAAAUAAACAGUAUUUUGCUGAUAUUAGUGAAAUUAUUAGCUAAUUAAUGUCUAGCAAUAAAUAGCUAGUUCUAGAUUAUUAAUGGAAUCAUAUUUGGAAUAAUAUAUUUACUUCCAUAGAAGAUGAUCCAAAAUAAUAAGAAACUACUUCAUAGAAUAGAGAUUAAGAAGAGUAGUACAUGCAUGUCUAUUGUACAAAUUUUGGAGAAAGAAAAAUCCCAAAAUAUAUUUGGGAAUAAGCAUUUUAGUAUAAUGAAAAGACAUAAGAAUUUAUAUUUAGAAGAAAAGAUAUGCAGCAGUAAACUUCUCAUUUGGUAGGUUACUACUGCCUACUAAAAACAGGAUCUGAGGCUUCUGGAACGAUAUUAGUUGAGCAUGCUACUAGGUACCCAGGUUUAAACUACAUGAAGGACUCUCUAAUGAAAAAGUUUAUUCCUUCUUCCAGAUUAAGAAAAGAAUUUGUUAAGAUUUAAGACUAAUACUACUAUUUUUCACACUUUAACUCUACUAUAAAUAGUCUAUCAUCUAUCUCAGAAAAAGGUCCAUUUUAGCUAUAUGAAAAUAUAGAUAGGGAAUAACUUUCAGAUAGAAUUAUUUUAGAAAUGAUUAUAUACCCUGAGAGCAAUCCUAUAUCUUGCUUCUUAUCAGAAACUCAGCUAAAUUCAAAAUUAGGAUUAAUUGACAUUGGGUAGAGCGAAAUUCUUGUUCAAAAUAUCGGAGUUAUUAAUGGUGAGUUUUAGCUAUAUGUUAAAUCAAUACUCUUUUGCAUGUUUGAAAUGAAUUUAUUAAUACCAACGAGUGUUAUAGAUAAAUAUGCAAAUAUUAACAGUUUUGAUGUGUUGAAAGAGUGGUUAUUAGAUAUUUCUAAGCAUUAAGAUGAUUUAAUUAAAAUUUCAUAAUAUAAAUUCAAACAAGGUUAAAAUAUUUUUUAGGAAUAGCAAGAUAAAAUUUCAAUUAACUAUUUUAAUAAUUGCGAGCCUUAAUUUUAUUUUGGUAUACCAAUUUAGAAAGAAGCAAUUAAACAUCUGUUAGAAAGACUGGUGACUAUAGUUAAAGUGAUGAAGUGGUGUAAAAAAAAGAAUACUUCAAUAAGCCAUUAAGAACUUUUUAAAAUUGUUGAUAAGGAGCUGGCUAGCAUAUAUGAGCAGAUUAAUAACGAUUAAUAAACUUUCCUUGAAAAAAGAUAUAGCUAGAUAUUACAAAAAAAUAUUCAUCUAUAAACAUUUAAUACUGUUAAUAUGGCUAGUAUGUUUUAAGCUUUUAGCGAAAAAAGAAGAGGGGAUAUCACAACAAUUGAUUAACUGCUAUCUUAAUUUAAAUAAAUAGGUCCUACUUAAGCAUUGGAAAAGAUUAAAAAAUUCAUUAAGAUAAUAACCACAUCUGAUAAUGAAUCUGAAUAUCAUAAGGCGUAUAAUCUCAAAAAUAUUAAACAAUUUAGCUUUUUCAAUAGAAAUAUUCUGUUUAAAUAUAUAUCAUAACCAGCUUAAGAAGAGCAAAUAAUUAAGUUUCUUUAAGAACAAAAGCUUGAAAAGCCCAUAGAUUAUUUAAAUUUGAGCAACUGCACUAUAUUAAAUUCUAAAUUGCUAAAAUAAUUUUAACUAGAAAGAAUUUAAACUCUAAUUUUAUCGAAUACAAAAAUUGCAGACAGUGAUCUUGUGACAAUAGCAGAUUCGUACAAAAGUCUAGUCUACUUAGAUAUAAGCAAUUGUGAUGAUAUACAUUAUAUUGGAUAUGCAAAACCACUUACUUAUCUUAUGUCUAGCCAAAUAGUCUUUCCCUCUUUAAAGACUCUUGUAGCAAAUAACAUGAAAAAUCUUUGGAUUUUAGAUGUUUCGGGAUCUCAUAUUUAGAAUAUUUCUGUCAGCGAUUCAUUAAAACUUACUUACUUUUUCAUUAAUUGUCCACAAAUUAAAAAGUUAUAAGUUUAAGGAUGCAAAUAGCUAAUGAAUGAGUUAAUUGUGAUGUAUGUACUUGAGGGUAUAAGUAUUUAAUUAGAUGAAAUAACUUCUGAUGGAAAGUUUGAGAAAGCAAUAUAGGUUAUUAGAGGAAGCAAAGGGAAUUUCAUGUAAUCCUACUAAGCUGCCAUAAAUGAAAUAUACUAUGAAUAGCACUAUAAUGAUAAUGUUAGUAUAAAAGAUAAUUUAAUUGUGUUGUCAUAAGCCUUUACUAAAAGAGACCUUCAACAUGUUUUCCCUAAAAAUUUUGUUACUAAUGUUAUUGGCAAUUUGUUUAAUUCAAAGAAAGCUAACAAAUAAAUAAAUGAUGAAUUCUUCCGCUUUAUGUUCAAAUUUUUCUAAAAAAAUCCACACAUCAAAGAUGUCGAUUUUAAGAGCAUUUGUUAAGAAAAAAAACCAAUAACUUUUUUAAAUAUAUUCUAUGAGUCUCUAAAUAGCAAUGAUAAAAUUUGUUAGCAAUAUGAUUCUUAUAUUUUUAACAAUAUUGAUCUAGAUGAUGAAGAGUGCUAAGUUGUUGCAAAAAUAAUUUAGAAAACUAAAAAAGAAGGAAUCAGUCUGUAGUUUACAAAUGUUAACAGAUUGAAUUAAGAUAAAAGUAUGCAAGAAGUACUAGAAGCUAUAUCUAGUAACAAAAUCACUUACACAAAAAUAGCUUUUGAAAAGAAUGAUCUUAGCAAAUCGUAGAUUGAAAUACUGAAGAAUAUGUUUAUUAACUUUAAUGGAAGAAUUUAACAAUUAAAGAUUAGUCAUUGUAACUUAGACAAUUCCCAUUUAAUUACUCUUUGUGAGGGCUUAAAAUAACUAAAGUAUUUAAGAGUUUUGGAUUUGUCUGGGAAUUAUAUUUCACCAAAAUCAUUUGAGUAUUUAACUCCUUGCUUUGAUUCCUUUUAGCUAUCAUUUUAGACUCUGAUAUUGGAUGAUAAUAAUCUUUGUUCUGACGAUUUUGAAAAAAUUUAACAAUGGAAAUAUAUUAAAUUUUUACAAAUCAGAUCAUGUUUUCUCAGUUCAAAUUAAAUAACCAAUCUUUAACAAUACCUAUGUUCAAAUUAAGAAUGCAAAUUGACUCAUCUAAAUCUCUCAUAAAAUAAAUUAACUCCUCACGCAUUCAGUAUAUUAUCAGAAGUACUGAAAAGAAAUACAACAUUAAAGGAGCUAGGCUUAAGUAAAACUAUACAAGAUGGCACUUAAGAAGCUUGUUUAAAUUAUCUAGUUGAAGGUCUUAAGUAAAAUAAUAAUUUGACAUUGUUAGAUAUAAGUCAAAAUAAGAUUUAAGAUGAAGGAUUUAUAAUAAUCUUUAAUUUCCUUAAAGAAGAAAAUUAUUUAAGAUAACUUAAAAUUCUUGAAGACAACUCCUUCAGCUUAGAAAUAAUAAAUUCAUUUUUAGAAUUCAUAAAGCACAAUAGCAUAUAAUUGAAACAAUUAGAAUUAUCACCAAGACCUUAUAUUAUCGAAUUUGAUGAUAUUUACUAACAAAUUCUACACUAACUAGAAAAAAAUACGAAUGUUUACUCUAUGUUAAGAUCUAGGCCUUAAGAUUUAUUUAGAAAUAAAUCGUUUACUAAUUCCAACAUGCUUGAUUACAAGCAAGAAGCAGUUGAUUUCUGUAGAUUAGGUCUUAGCAUUGAUGGAGGAGGUAUGAGAGGUAUCAUUCCUGCUACAAUGAUUAAGGUUUUGUGUGAAGAAACAAAGUAUAAGGUACAUGAAAUUUUUGAAACUGUUGGAGGUACUUCAAUAGGUGGAUUGCUAGCUUUAGGAAGUACAGGAACUCUUGAUGGAGCUAAUCCUAUUUUAGAUAUGGAUUAGAUGGUUAACGUAUUUAAAUUAGAUGGUGCAAAUAUUUUCAAUACUUCUAAGCUCAAGGCUAUGCUCAAUAAUUUAAUGGACCAAGCCAAAUAUGAUCCUGCUGGUCUGGAAAGCGUUCUUUUCAGAAACUUCCAAAAUUGUAAGCUCUCAGAUGUUAUUAAAGGAACAAAUGUUAUUGUAACAGCUGUAAGAAGAGAAAUGAACCAAGGUAAAAGUAUAGCUAAAGUAUUUAGAAGUAGAGAAGCUAUUUUUAAUGAUGACAAAAACUUUUACAUGAGAGACGUAGCAAGAGCUACAAGUGCAGCCCCAACUUUCUUCCCUUCUGCAGAAAUCAAAAACAUAAAUCAAACAAAAUCUUAUAGUCUAGUAGAUGGAGGUGUAGGACAAAACAAUCCUUCAAAAUUGGUUUUAGAAGAUAUUAAGAAAGAGGCUUUAAAUAGUGGUAAUGAAAACAAUUUCUUUUUGCUCAGUCUUGGUACAGGAGAGCCUAAAAAGUCUUAAUAGCUCAGUAAAAAUGCAGGUCUGUUAAAUGUUGUUAAUAUAAUUGAUAGUUUAGGAGAAGGAGCUUCUGCUUAUGUUGAUAUUGAGCUUAAGCAAAAUUAUGGAGACAAAUAUCUUAGAAUAUAACCUUAAAUCCCAAUAAGCAAAUCAGAUGCUGAGUUAGAUAGUAUCGACCCUAAAAUAGUUGAAAUUUAUUAAUAAACUGCAGAAAAUGAAGCUCGCUUAUAUUUAUGUGAACAAAGUAAAUAUGGUCCUUUCAAUGAUAGACCAAUUGUUGAUUGGUUUGCCGAAAAUACAUAGCGUAAAAAAGAUGUUUACAUAUGA